AUGGAAUCUCGCGCGUCAAGGCGCAUUCGGAAGAGCAUGAAGCGCAGCCUUGUACUGCGUGACUGUUUGCCGGACAACGCGGAUGCGCUCUUGGGAAGGUAUGAUUACCAAGAAGGCGAGCCGCCGAGGGAGAUCACACCGUCGCCCCCUGUCCCUGCUUGGCCGUCAGCUAGAGAGAGCACGCCGUAUCCACGUACCUUGAUUCCGCUGCUAGCGGUUGUGGGCGGUGGGUCGUUGCCGCCGGCGGAUAACCCACCGAGGGCAGUCAGCCACCGCAAUACGCAGAUCCCUCCUCCGCCAUCGCACCGUCCUGUGAGUCACUCCAGGCCAGGUCAUACGCAGUCGUCUCCCCCUGCUACGCAGAUUCCCACUUCGUCGCAUCAUCAUGCCCCGAAUCCACCCAGGCCAAGCCAUACGCAGCCGCCUUUCCCUUCAAGAUACCGUCCAGCAGCUCAUCCCAGGCCCCCUUCGCCGUCAUCACGUUCUUCAAAUCCACCCAGGCCCGCUCAUCAACCAGCUGCAGAUCCACCACAGGAUCGUGCCCUGAGGAGAGCCGGCCCAGGCCAUAUACUGGUGCCCGCCGCACGACCGGAUCGUGCAUCGAAUCCAUCCACGCCCCCUGUUGCGCAGCCCACUUCACGGCCGGAUGGGUCUUUGAAUCCAUCCAGGCCUCGUGAUACACAGUUGUCUCCCCCUCCGCCAUCGUCUCCCGCUACACAGCUCCCCGCUCCGCCACCGCAUCGGUAUGUGAAUCCAUCCCGGCGCCCCAAUCCCAAUGCGGCCGCUGCUCCACAGUCACCGUCCCGCGGUCCUCCGCGUCCUGCGCGGCAGCACAACACAGCGCCUGGAGGGAACCAGGGCGUUAUCCCACGGCCAAAUACAACAGGCCCAAGCAACUCCCGGCCUGAAGCGCAUCAACCCGCUCUCCGACGCCCGGCCACCACCCUCCCCCGGAACCCGGUGCGUGAGGCUCUUCAGAGCUCUAUCCCGCAGGCGCCGUCCGCACCCCCGUCCCAGCCCACCAACACCCCGCCCGAAGGGACGCAGUCCCGCAUCCCACAGCCGGGCUCGCGCUCUCCAUCGCGCCCCGAAGCCAGUCAGGCUCCCGCGCACAGGGGCAAUGGGGGAGCGAGAAGCGCUGAAGAGGAGUCUUCCUCCCCUCCUAGCUCUUGGAACAGCGGUGGCACGACGGUUGUUGGCAGUGGCACACCGUCGGGGGAGAAUUCGAGGGAUAACACUCUCGAUGUGCCGAAGGUGCGUAGUCGGCAGCCGGCGUCCCGGCCGCGCGUCGAUAGCACGACGUUCACGGCGCCGGAGAGGGUGGAGGGGCCUGAGGAGCUUCAGGCUACGCUGUCGAUAUUGCCGAUAGCGCGCAAUGGCACGCCGUUCGUCAGGGCGGGGAGGGAGUCAAGUGGUCCACCUGCGCCGUCCUCGCCUGCCCAUAGGACCCCGGAGGACUCCAGGCCUAGUUUUGCAGCGUCGCCGGAUGCGCCUGCGGAUAGUGCGCCGGAGGACCUCUCGGCUGCUCUUACACAUCCGCCGCCCGAUGCGGAUAUCGCUGGCCAGGAUGCCAUCCUUGGGAGGGAAGUAGAGACUGUGCAGAUCCAGCAACCCGUACCUCCCUCCAGCCCGGAUACAUCGACGUCGUUCGCGCACAGGUAUCCCUCGCCCGCGCUUGCAGAGCCGCCAGAGAGCUGGGCCAGGCUGCCCACGCCCGUGCUCACCGAUCUUGCCCGCGCCGAGCGCUUGUACAGGCCGCUGACUCCGUUUGCGCCGAGGGUUGCGUCGCCCGUAGCAGCACCAGCGUCCGCCCACUCGGCGGGAGAAGGGGAAGAGCGGGGCGAAGAUGAAGCAGAGGAUGGAGAUGGAGAUGCGCAGUUGUCACCACCACCGUCCGUUGUGCUAGGAGAAGCACCCCCAACGCAGGAUGAGGAUGAGGAUAUACCGCCGCCGCCGCCGCCGCCGCCGCCAGCCCAACAACAGCAGCCCGACUCCGCCUCCGCGCCCGCACUCCCCAGCCUCCGCCCCUCCCGCUUCACCGAGCGCCUCUCGCUCGACGGGCCGGCUAUGUACAACAGCGCGCCCGAUCCCCCCGCCGAGAUCCCCGACCCGCACUCGCACCACGUCCAAGUCCAAGCCCCAGUCCAACCCCCUCUCCCGCAGGCCAUCCACGUCCCCGCCCCGCCGUCUGCGGCGCGUAUGCUGCUGCGCGGGAUGAAGAAGAGCGUGCAGGGGUGGGGCGGGAAGGUGAAGACGGGGAGGGGGGAUACGGUGGUGGAUGGGCGGCUGGGAGAUGGAGUCGGAGUUGGGGUGCAGCGGCAGGCGAAGGAGACGUUGCGGAGUAGAGCGAGGGGGGUGUGGAGGAGGGCGAUGGCGAGGGGGCGGGGGCGGGGUGGGUAG